CUAUCAAUCAUUCCGCUCACUUCCAUUCUGCACGCUGUACAUCUGAUUCCAGUAUACGGCACUGCUUCUAUUCCUCAUGGGCUCUCCAACUCGCAAACGCUUGACAUGUACCGAGCCUUCUAUGUCGAUAAGUUCGCAGAUCAUCAUGCUUUUGAGAUU